AUGACGACGGACAUGAAAAAUCAUGUUCUUUGUUUUUGGUUCUAAGCGAUAAUUACUUUUCAUUCUGGCGAGUCUCUCUCUCUAACAUCUGAAUUUGCAUAUUUCUCUCUCCCACAAUCUCUGUUUCUCUCUCAUCUCGCUGCUGUCGCACCAAAAUCCAUCUCCUGAAUCUUCACUUUGUGUUCAUCCAUUUUCUUUCUCUUGGUCUGUCAGCCAUUGAUAAUCAGACUUAAUCGGUUCAAUUGGGUUUGGAAUAUAUAUAUAUAGCUUUAUCUGGACAAAAUGGGCAUAAGCCAGAGGUAUGUCUUCAAAUCUCUUCUUUAGUUUCCUCAACAACUGUCUUUUUACCUCUCUGUAUUAGCUUCAAUUGCUUCCAUUUCAUUUUUAUUGUAUUCCGUAUUGCAUCAACUGUCUUGUUUUCUUUCUUUCUUUUCUUCCUCUGUGUCUGCAAUUUCACUCUCUUAGUUUUUCUGUUCAAUUUGAAAUAGGCUUUUUCUUACACCUUAAUUUGUAUCUCUAUCUCUCGAGUGUCUCCUUGUGAAUCUUCACUUUCUUUCCGGAGAAAAAAAAAAAAAAAAAAAAAUCUUCACUUUUCUUUGUCUUGCUUUUGGACUUGUUUGUCAUUCAAAAUCAAACUGUGUGUGUUUGUCUUGAAUUCUCUUCCUUUAGUUUCUUAGCUUUCUCCUUAUUUAAUCCUAUUGUUUCCGUUUCCUCUAUAUUCUGUAUUCCAUCGUCUGCUUAGAGAGAGAAAAGAAAAAAGAAACAAAUUAAAAAUGGCUGAAGGUAAUGUUAAUGUAAUUGUGGGAAGUAUUUUAAAGCCUCUCAUAGACGGCUUGUACAAAUCCAUCUGCCGUCAAAUUGGUUAUUUGGUUCAGUGCAAGAAGAACAUUAAGGAUUUUGCAGAUGAAGUGGAGAAACUCAGGGCUACCAAGGAAGUUGUGGAGAGAAAGGUUAGUGCAGCCAGGGACAAUGCUGAAGUCAUUCACGACUAUGUUUCAAAGUGGCAGAGGGAUGUGCAGAGCAUGGAAGACGACAAGAGCAGAUUACUCGAAGCCAAAGAUAAUCUCAAGUGUCUUCAUGUUUGCUCACGGUACCGAUUGGGUAAGGAAGGAAAAAAGAAGCAGCCUGAUGUUACCAAGCUUAUAGCCGAUGGCAACAAUUUUGGCGAUGUUGGAUACCAACGUCGUCCCACCGUUACUUUCGAGAAGACAUACAGCAGAAACUAUGAGAGUUUUCAAUCCAGGGAGUUUGUUUUUGAGGAGAUCAUGAAGGCACUAAAAGAUGAUGGGACUUACAAGAUUGGGAUACACGGAAUGCCUGGUGUUGGAAAGACAAAAAUGAUGGAGGAAGUUGCUCAACGAGCCGAAAAAGAGAGCCUGUUCGAUGAGGUCACCCAGAUAGUUGUCUCCCAGAAUCCACUUUUGGAAGAUAUUCGACAAAAGCUCGCCAAAAGUUUGAAUAUGAAAGAUCCGAGUAAUGCGAGUAAGGAGCAAAUAUGCGAUAGAUUGAGAAAUGGUAAAAGGAUUCUUAUAAUGGUAGAUGAUGUUUGGAAUGAUGAAAUUAAGUUGGAGCACAUUGGAAUACCCGCUGCUGAUAAUCAUAUUAAGGGCUGCAAGAUUAUUUUGACCUCUCGGAUAAAAGAGGUGUGCCUUCGGAUGCGGGUUCAAAAGGAGUUCGAAAUUGGGCUCUUGUCGGAACAUGAAGCAUUGAUGCUAUUUAACGAAACCGUGGGAGAUUUUACGGACUCUGGUGAACUGCAUUCUGUAGCUAAAGAAGUGUGUCAUGAAUGUGAUUGUUUGCCGUUGGCAAUAGUUACAAUUGGAGCAGCAUUGCAGUAUGAGAGAGAAACUAAAGGGUGGAAUGAUGCACUUGAACAAUUGAAACAUUCUAAGGCAUAUAAAAUUCCAGGAGUGUCAGACAAACUAUAUUCGUGCAUACAGUUGAGUUACAAGAAUCUGAAGCUGAAAGAUCAACGGUUAUGCUUUCUGCAUUGCAGUUUGUUUCCGGAAGAUGCUGAAAUUUCUAUUGAUGACUUGGCAAUAUAUGGAGUGGGAACGAGAUUUCUUGAAGGCACAGAUAGAGAAUCAAUGGAAAAAGCAAGACAGAGAACACAUACGUUGAUUGGUACCCUCAAGAAAUCUAACUUGUUGUUAAAUGGCAGGAAUCAAAACUUUGUCAAAAUGCACGAUGUCAUUCGAGAUGUGGCGAUAUCAAUUGCAUCAGAAGAUAAAGUUGCCAUGUUUCUAGUGAGAGCUGGUAUUGAGAAGUGGCCAGAUGAGGAUGGAAAUAAACAAUGCAAAGCAAUCUCAUUAAGGUUUAAUGAUGAUUGUGUGCUUCCGGGUGAUUCAGAAUGUAUAGAAGUAUGCACCUUAAUGUUGGAAUCCCGUAAGCUUUCAUCAGAAAUUCCAAGUACCUUUCUUAAAGUGAUGAAGAAGCUUCAAGUUUUACAAUUGCGGAAUAUGCAAAUUUCGGAACUACCUUCAUCGCUUAAAAAUCUUAGGAUGUUACGGCUAUACAACUGCAAAUUGGUGAAUGUAGCUUUUCUCAAGGAAUUUAAAAAACUUGAGAUACUAUGCAUUAAAGAUUCUGAUCUCAAAGAACUGGCUCCUGAAAUAGGACAGUUGACUAGUUUGCGGUUGUUGGAUGUGAGGGGCUGUUACAGGCUCGAGAUCAUUCCCUCGGGUGUCAUAUCAAGUCUAUCCCAACUUGAGGAAUUGUACAUUCCAGAUGAGUUUGACCAAUGGGUGGUUAAAGACAAUGCAAGUCUUAAUGAACUAAACUCAUUGAAGCGCUUAAUCAGUUUACAAGUUUUUGUGCCAGAUGUUGUGUUACUGCCGCCCCUCAUUGAGCCUCUGUUUGAGGAGUUGAUCAGAUUUCAAAUAUCCAUUGGGAGCCGUUUUGACUCCUGGCAUUCAGCAACAAGGAUGUUGAAACUAUAUAGGUUUCGUAUCAAGAAGGAGCUUAACAUUUUGAUAGAGAAAGCUGAAGUACUAGUUUUAGAGAAUCUUCCUGAUGGACUAUGUGGAUCUGGUUCAUUUAGUAAAUUAAGUUUCUUAAAAAUUGUAAACUGUAAAUCAAUGAUAUAUCUCUUCUCCUCGGCCACUGCAAGAAAUCUUUUGCAACUCCAAGAAUUAAUUAUAGGUCGUUGUGAAACCAUGGAGGAAAUAGUAAGAGAUGAUGAGGAAGCUAUGGAUGCUGUUAUUAUUUUUCACCAUUUAAAGAAAAUAAUGUUGGAAGAUCUACCCAAGCUCAGAAGUUUCAAUGCCAAUAUGAAGAAGUCGACAACUAGGGGGGAAUGCAACACGUCCACCCUUGUGCAAGCUUUGUUUAACCAUAAGGUUGCAUUCCCUGCCUUGGAGGAACUACAAAUUUGGAGAUUGGAAAGCCUUACAGCUAUAUGGGAAGGCCAAUCCCAAUCACUCCUAGUGAAGGAAGCACAAGUUUCCUUUCAAAGCCUAAGGAGCAUGAGUGUAAGUAGAUGUGAGAAAUUGGUGAAUGUGAUUACCUCCAAUAUGCUCCCAAGCUUACAGAAGUUAGAAAAACUUGAAGUUGAAGAGAUAGUUGCAAUUGAAAGGGGACAAUUAGGAGAAGAAGAUGUAGUGUAUGAUGAGAUCAUUGUCUUCUCUCAAUUGAAGUACUUGACACUUUCAAACUUGCCAAACCUCAAAAGUUUCACUCAUGGAUCCAAAGAAGAAGAAGAAACAGUGGAAGCCCUCUUCAACCACAAGGUUGCAUUCCCUGCCUUGGAGGAACUAGAAAUUGAGGAAUUGAAAAGCCUUACAGCUAUAUGGGAAGGCCAAUCCCAAUCACUCAUAGUGAAGGAAGCACAAGUUUCCUUUCAAAGCCUAAGGUUCAUGUCAGUGUGGGGAUGUGACGAAUUGGUGAAUGUGAUUGUCUCCAAUGUUCUCCCAAGCUUACAGAAGCUAGAAAAACUUGAAGUCAUUGACUGUAAUUCAGUGAAAGAGAUAGUUACAGUUGAAAGGGGACAAUUAGGAGAAGAAGAUGUAGUGCAUGAUGAGAUCAUUGUCUUCCGUCAAUUGAAGUAUUUGCAUCUUGAAGACUUGCCAAAUCUCAAAAGUUUCACUCAUGGAUCCAAAGAGGAUGAAGAAACAGUGGAUCAAAUCAUUCCCAGAGUGGAAGCCCUCUUCAACCACAAGGUUAGGUUCCCAGCUUUGGAGGAAUUGAAGAUUGAAAAUUUAGAAAGCCUCACAGCCAUAUGGGACAAUCAAUUAUGCCCAGGAUCAGAAGGACAAGAUUCCUUUCAGCUGCUAAGGCUCAUCCAUGUGAAAUGCUCUGAGAAAUUAGUGAAUGUAAUUCCACCAAAUGCUAUCCCAAUGUUACAUAACCUUGAAAGUCUCCAAAUUGUAUCAUGUGAUUCAGUGGUAUCUGGAGUUGAGAUGGUUGCCAUUGAAGAAGGCGAUGAUGAGAUCACCAUGUUCCCCGAGUUAAAGAAUUUGGAACUUAAAUAUUUGUCAAACCUCAAAAGUUUCUGCUACAAUACUGCUGGAUCAAAAGAACAAGAAGAAUGCGAUGGAUCAAAAGAAGAACAAGAAGAAUGCGGUGGUAAGGUCUUGGUGUUCUCUCAAUUAAGGACUAUGAGACUUGAAGACUUACCCAAGCUCAGUAGUUUCUGUUGCUCCAGAAGAGGAGGAGAAGAAUUGGUAGUGGAGGAGAGUAAUAUUGACCAACGAAAAGCACUCUUCAACCACAAGGUUAAAUUUCCUUGCUUGGAGGAAUUGUUUAUGAAGAGAUUAGACAGCUUGGAAGAGAUAUGGCACAGCACAAUUUCAAACGACUCUGUUUCCAAACUGAGAAAGUUAGAAUUGGAAUGGUGUCGCAAGCUAUUAAAUGUUUCUUCAACAGAAUUGCAUACAAGUUUCCAGAACCUAGAAGAAGUCGAAGUGCUACAAUGUGAGUCCCUGCAAGAGGUAUUUAAAGUUGAAGGGUCAAAGGGGGCAGAAGGAACAGUUGUGUUCCCUCAAUUAAGGACCAUGAGACUUGAAGACUUACCCAAGCUCAGUAGUUUCUGCUGCUCCACAAGAGGAGGAGAAGAAUUGGUAGUGGAGGAGAGUAAUAUUCCCCAACGACAAGCACUCUUCAACAACAAGGUUAAAUUUCCUUGCUUGGAGGAAUUGUUUAUGAAGAGAUUAGACAGCUUGGAAGAGAUAUGGCACAGCACAAUUUCAAACGACUCUGUUUCCAAACUGAGAAAGUUAGAAUUGGAAUGGUGUCGCAAGCUAUUAAAUGUUUCUUCAACAGAAUUGCAUACAAGUUUCCAGAACCUAGAAGAAGUCGAAGUGCUACAAUGUGAGUCCCUGCAAGAGGUAUUUAAAGUUGAAGGGUCAAAGGGGGCAAAAGGAAUGGUUGUGUUCCCUCAAUUAAGGACCAUGAGACUUGAAGACUUACCCAAGCUCAGUAGUUUCUGCUGCUCCACAAGAGGAGGAGAAGAAUUGGUAGUGGAGGAGAGUAAUAUUCCCCAACGACAAGCACUCUUCAACAACAAGGUUAAAUUUCCUUGCUUGGAGGAAUUGUUUAUGAAGAGAUUAGACAGCUUGGAAGAGAUAUGGCACAGCACAAUUUCAAACGACUCUGUUUCCAAACUGAGAAAGUUAGAAUUGGAAUGGUGUCGCAAGCUAUUAAAUGUUUCUUCAACAGAAUUGCAUACAAGUUUCCAGAACCUAGAAGAAGUCGAAGUGCUACAAUGUGAGUCCCUGCAAGAGGUAUUUAAAGUUGAAGGGUCAAAGGGGGCAGAAGGAACGGUUGUGUUCCCUCAAUUAAGGACCAUGAGACUUGAAGACUUACCCAAGCUCAGUAGUUUCUGCUGCUCCACAAGAGGAGGAGAAGAAUUGGUAGUGGAGGAGAGUAAUAUUCCCCAACAACAAGCACUCUUCAACAACAAGGUUGCAUUCCUUGCCUUGGAGAAAUUGAGUAUUACAAAUUUGGAAAGCCUUGAAGCCAUAUGGAAUGACCAAUCACAAUCACUUCUAUUGAAUGAAGCAGAAGAUAACUUCCAGUUCCUGAAGUGCAUAGAGGUCAAUGGAUGUAACAAAAUGGUGAAUGUGAUUCCAGCCAAUGGUCUCCCAAGGUUACAGAACCUAACACAACUCCACAUUUCUAAACGUCACAAUUUGAUAAAUGUAUUCUCAUCAUCCAUGGCAAAAUAUCUUGUGCACCUCCAAGAAUUAAAAGUGACCGAUUGUGAGAAGAUGGAAGAGAUUGUUGCAGUUGAAAGGGGACUAUUAAGCGAAGACGGAGAAGAAGAUCUAGGGCAUGAUGAGAUCAUUGUCUUCCAUCAAUUAAAACACUUGACCCUUCAACAAUUGCCAAACCUCAACAGUUUCUGCAGCAUUUGUGGAUCCGAGAAGGAAGAAGAAAUUGCGGAGCAGAAUUUUGGCAAAAUGGAAGCCCUCUUUAAUUACAAGGUUAGGUUUCCAGCUUUGGAGGCAUUGAAAAUUGGAAAAUUGAAAAGACUCACAGUGAUAUGGGACAAACAAUUAUUCCUAGGUUCAGAAGCACAAGAAUCCUUUCGGCAGCUAAGAUUUGUCACCGUUCAUGAAUGCGAUAAACUAGUGAAUGUAAUUCCACCCAAUGCAUUCCCAAUGUUACAGAACCUUGAAAGUCUUGAAGUUGUAUCAUGUGAUUCAAUGGUAUAUGGAGCAGAAGUGGCUGCUAUUGAAGAAGGCAGUGUGAUUCAAUGGUUUCCUCAAUUAAAGAAAUUGGAGCUUAAAAAAUUGCAAAACCUCAAAAGUUUCUGCUACAGUAAUAUUGGUGGAUCCAAAGAAGAAGAAGAAGAAGAAGGUGGUGGUAAGACCUUGGUGUUCCCUCAAUUAAACACUAUAAGACUUGAAGAGUUGCCACAGCUCAGCGGUAUCUGCUGCUCAAGAAGAGGCGGAGAAGAAAGUGCACUGAAGGAGAGUAAUAUUUCCCAACAACAAGCUCUCUUCAACUACAAGGUUGAAUUUCCUAUCUUGUUGGAGGAAUUGGUACUAGGUGAUGAAAGCAACUUUGAAGGUAUUUGGAAAAAUGGGUACAAAGUAGGAUCCAUGAAGGUGGAAAAAUACAACAACUUAGUGAAUGCUUGUACCCUGCUACAGUGGUUUGAGGUAGUUGAAAAACUCAGUCUGGAAUCUUGUGACUCAUUGGAGGUUAUCUUCAACCUUGAAGGACUUGGUGCCAUUGAAAGAAAGGCAAUUGUGUCUUCUCAAGCAAAAGAAUUGACACUGAUUGAUUUACCUAAAUUGGAGCGUAUUUGGAUAAUGGAAUCUCAGGGGCUUUUGGGGUUUCACAACCUAACGACUUUGAGAGUUUAUAAAUGCAACAGCCUGAGGUAUGUAUUCUCACUCUCAAUAGCAAGAGGUCUCACACAACUCAGAUAUCUAGACAUUGAAGAAUGUAGUGUGAUGGAAGAAAUAGUUAGAAGUGAAGGACAAGGAGAAGAAGAUGACAUGGAGGAAAUUGUGUUCUCUCAACUAGAGAAUCUGAGGUUGAGGAAGCUACCAAACCUUACAUGUUUUUGUGGGACAAAUAAUGCUUUUAAUUUCCCAUCCUUGGAGGAGGUUAGGGUGGAGGAAUGUCCCAAAUUGCAGACCUUCACAUCUGGAGGCAUAACCACAUCUGGAGGCAUAACCUUAAGAAUUGAUUUUGAGGACCAACACGAUGUGAGCGACCUUAAUAGCCAUGUGCAGCGGUGGUUGGUUGGGAAAGGAAAGGAAUCAGAAGAGGAUGAUGAUGAUGAAGAUGAUGAAGAUGAUGAUGAUGAUGAUGAUGAAGAAGAUGAUGAAGAUGAUGAUGAUGAUGAUGAUGAAUAGCCAUGAUCAGCGGAGGAUAAUAGCCAUGUGCAGAGGUGGUUGGUUGGGAAAGGAAAGGAACAAGCGGAGGAUAAUUAGAAACAACAAGUCUUGAUGAUGAUGUGAAGGCCAAAAAGUGUGCAUUGAGUGCAUCAGACUUUGUAUUUAUAUUUGUGUGGCGUGUUUGGUGAGUAAAGUUGUGUCAGUGUGAUUGAUAAAACAUAAUAAAUAAAUAAUAAUAAUAAUAAACUUAAAAGGUGCAUUUUUAUUAAUUCAUUGUUUGAUACAAUUGAUGUUGUAUUUGAUCCUAGUAAGAAACCGUACAAUUAUUUUGUAUGUAUUAUCAGAUACUGUACUAUUUAACAUUACAAUUGAUGUUGUAUUUUGUUGUCUUGAUUUA